GCGGGUUACAUGGAGAGAAAACACCGGCUGUUUUUUUCUGGAAAUGUCAGCGAAGUUUAGAGUCGCACCAGUGAUUCACGAUUGCGUAGAUACAGAAGACUGAUGAGUUGGUCUUGUUACGUGUAGGAUUGUGAAAGACUAGCAAAAUGUCUAAAAAAGCUGAGUCCGUCAAGGUGGUGGUCCGCUGCCGACCAAUGAACACCAAGGAGAAGGCGGAAAAAUAUGAACGCGUCGUCGACAUGGACGUCCCUCGCGGGGUCAUCACGAUAAAAAAUCCCAAAUCAACCCUGGAGCCGCCGAAGCAGUUCACAUUUGACUCGGUGUACAAUUGGAAUUCCAAACAGAGGGAGCUCUAUGACGAAACAUUCCGCAGUCUGGUGGAGUCGGUGUUAAACGGCUUCAACGGAACGAUAUUUGCAUAUGGGCAAACUGGCACUGGAAAGACAUACACCAUGGAAGGUGUGAGGUCGGAUCCAGAAAACAAAGGGGUCAUCCCCAACUCCUUUGAGCACAUUUUCACACACAUCGCCCGGACGCAGAAUCAGCAAUACCUUGUCAGGGCGUCGUACCUUGAAAUUUAUCAGGAAGAUAUUCGUGAUUUAUUAGCCAAAGAUCAACAGAAGAAGUUAGAGUUAAAGGAAAGACCUGAUACAGGCGUUUAUGUGAAGGAUUUAUCCUCCUUUGUCACGAAGAGUAUAAAAGAGAUUGAACACGUUAUGACUGUAGGAAAUACGAAUAGAUCAGUUGGUUCGACGAAUAUGAAUGAGCACAGCUCCCGAUCUCAUGCAAUAUUUAUUAUCACAAUAGAAUGUAGUGAGCUUGGUCCUGACGGAGAGAAUCAUAUACGAGUUGGUAAACUCAACCUGGUAGACUUGGCUGGAAGUGAACGGCAAACAAAGACAGGUGCCCAGGGCGAAAGGUUAAAAGAAGCGACCAAAAUCAACCUGUCCCUGUCGGCUCUGGGUAACGUAAUCUCGGCCCUCGUUGACGGGAAGAGCACACAUAUACCAUACAGAGAUUCCAAACUCACUCGGUUAUUACAAGACUCCCUAGGGGGGAACGCAAGGACGGUCAUGGUGGCGAACCUCGGACCAGCUAGUUAUAACUUUGAUGAGACUAUAACAACGUUAAGAUACGCCAACCGUGCCAAGAACAUUAAGAACAAGCCCAAGAUUAACGAGGACCCCAAAGACGCCCUCUUGCGAGAAUUCCAAGAUGAGAUCCUUCGUCUCAAGCAGCAACUCGACAAGAAGGGAGGGGAUGGCAGCGAGGGAGGGAACAAGAAACGGAAACGAAGACGCAGGAAAGGAGAAAUGGGAGGAUCGGAUGAUGAGAUUGACGAUGAAACGGAAGAAGGUGAAGAAGAAGAUGAAGAAGAAGCUUAUAAGAAAGCCCAACUGAAUCUGGAGGCAGAGAAAGAAGCAAUCAUGGCCAAUAAGAGUAUGAUCGCUGAGGAGAAAACAAAGUUCCUACAGGAGCUUCAGCACAGGCAAGAGCAGCUGAAGAAGCAACAGGAAGCGCGAGACGCUCUGGAGGCCAAGAUUCGCGCAAUGGAGAGUAAACUCCUGGUGGGAGGGAAGAGCAUUAUGGACCAUACGGAGGAGCAAGAUAGACAGCUGGAGCAGAGACGGUUGGAGCUGGCCGAGAAAACUCGAAUCGAAAGAGAAAUGCAGCAGAAGCUUGAAGAGAACGAGGAAAACACAGAAGAAAUCCACAAGACAUUUACGUCUUUACAGCAGGAGGUGGACAUCAAGACCAAGAAACUCAAAAAGUUAUUUGCGAAGCUGCAACUCACAAAAAGCGAGAUCCAAGACUUGCAAGAAGAGCACGCCAGGGAGAGGCAAGAAAUGGAACAGACUCAAAAUGAGCUGACGAGGGAACUCAAAUUGAAAAUGCUCAUCAUUGAAAAUUUCAUUCCUCACGAGGAGAAGAAUAAGAUUCUGAACCGAUCCGAGUACGAGGACGACACGGACCAGUGGGUCCUUAAGCCACUGGCAAGAUCAGAGGGACCAACGCAGAUGGCGACUAGACCGGUAUCUGCAGUCGGUAACCGUCGCCCCAUUGCAGACUUUGCAAGAAUGGCUGCUCAAGUCGGCGGGAAUCCAAGAUAUAAGGCGGAGAAUAUCCUUCAGGUAGAGUUGGACAUGCCGAACCGAACGACGAGGGACUACGAGGGACCCAGCGUAGCACCCAGGGUACAGGCAGCUCUAGACGCCGCGUUGCAAGACGAAGACGAUCUCGAUCUAGAAGUCCAGCCGUCAGUUUUCAGCGGAAGAACAAAAACAAAGCUGAAGAAAGAAAAGACAAAAACAAGAAGCAAACCAAUAGUGCCAUCGGCCGCGCCACACUCAAGAAAAACCGGAGGAAACUCACAGCUGUAUCCAUCAGCGAGGGGCUUAAUCUCAAAGUAAAACAUCACGGUUUGGCUAUGCAGUACUCAACUUAAUCCUUUUCAAAAUGGUUGGAUUUGGAUUUGGAUUUGGAUUUGGAUUAAAAAAUUGGUAAUCCCCAAAGUCCCUUCAAUACGAGGUUCUUAAUCUCAAAGUAAAACAUCAUGAUAACGGUUUGGCUAUGCUGUACUCAACUUAAUCCUUUUCAAAAUGGUUGGAUUUGGAUUUUGAUUUGGAUUAAAAAGUGGUAAUCCCCAAAGUCCCUUCAAUCCGAGGUUCUUAAUCUCAAAGUAACACAUCAUGAUAACGGUUUGGCUAUGCGGUACUCGACCUAAUCCAUUUCAAAACUCAUGGUUGGAUUUGGAUUUGGGUUUGGAUGAAAUAAAAAGUGGUAGUCUUUGAAACUCCUUCAAUCCUGAGUUAAUCUUUUAAUCCAUAUCUGUCUAACUACGGAGUUUCCCUUAAUCACUUAAAAUCCGUAUCCGCCAAACUUGUGCAUUCCCUGUUGGGUUUGAUGGAUUUCAGGUGGUAAAUUCUUCAAUCCAGAAGUAAUCCUGUAAAUCUAUGUCUGCCAAACUACGGGAUUUCGGUUGAAAAUGCCUAUCCUGCUGUCAAAAAAAGACUACCCGGUAAUCUUAUCUCCAGGUAGGACGAGUAACUCGUCUCAACCUAGGACUAGACUUCAGUUUUAAAUAUAUUCUUGAGUCGCUAGACUAGUCCUAAGACUACCU